AUGGAAGUGGAGUUCUCUGAGGAGGAAGGUACUCCUUUGGAGGAAGAGCAGAAGGCGCAGGCCCAGGAGUGUGCCCAAGAGGCCCUCUCAGACGAAAGCAGGGAUGUACAAGAGGCUGCAGUGGAGACAGACGAAGGGCUGGAGAGUCUCUCAAGAGGAUCCCAACACAAACUUUCUUUCCCGAGUGAGCUGGCUACACCAGGAGAUUGCGAGGAGUCAAUUCGGAAAUUUCAGGGAUUGUCACAGGAAAAAGCCAAUAAUGAAAAGGCUGAAGAAAACUUCAGGACUAGAGAUGGACCACAGAAGCAGGAAGGAAGAUGUGGAGUGAAGAGGAUUGUGAAGCCCAUUCCUUACCAAGGAGGGGGCUUCCGUGAAAUCCCACCCCAUGGCCGUCACCAGUGGACUCCUUCAGGAAGGUGGGGACCAUCUGUGAAGAUGGAAGUGGAGUUCUCUGAGGAGGAAGGGACUCCCUUGGAGGAAGAGCAGAAGGCGCAGGCCCAGGAGCGUGCCCAAGAGGCCCUCUCAGACGAAAGCAGGGAUGUACAAGAGGCUGCAGUGGAGACAGACGAAGGGCUGGAGAGUCUCUCAAGAGGAUCCCAACACAAACUUUCUUUCCCGAGUGAGCUGGCUACACCAGGAGAUUGCGAGGAGUCAAUUCGGAAAUUUCAGGGAUUGUCACAGGAAAAAGCCAAUAAUGAAAAGGCUGAAGAAAACUUCAGGACUAGAGAUGGACCACAGAAGCAGGAAGGAAGAUGUGGAGUGAAGAGGAUUGUGAAGCCCAUUCCUUACCAAGGAGGGGGCUUCCGUGAAAUCCCACCCCAUGGCCGUCACCAGUGGACUCCUUCAGGAAGGUGGGGACCAUCUGUGAAGAUGGAAGUGGAGUUCCUUGAGGAGGAAGGGUUUCCUUUGGAGGAAGAGCAGAAGGCGCAGGCCCAGGAGUGUGCCCAAGAGGCCCUCUCACACGACAGUGAAGAGACGGUGCUGAGCCGCCAUCUUUGUGGAAGAGUAGAAAUGGCUGCUGCCCCUGCAGUCCAGCACCGAAGAACGCAUACAGGGGAGAAACCAUUUGAAUGCUUAGAGUGUGGAAAGAGAUUCAGACUCAGUGGACAUCUUCAGCAACAUCAAAGAGCCCACACAGGGGAGAAACCUUUUGAAUGCUCAGUGUGUGGAAAGAAAUUCAGUCAGAGCAGCCAUCUGCAACAGCAUCUUCGAACCCACACAGGAGAGAAACCUUUUGAAUGCUUGGAGUGUGGAAAGAGAUUCAGUCUGAGUUCCGACCUUCAAAAGCAUCAAAGAACACACACAGGGGAGAAGCCUUUUGAAUGUUCAAAGUGUGGAAAGAGAUUCAGUCAGAGUGGUGAUCUUCAACAGCAUCUAAGAACCCACACAGGGGAGAAGCCGUAUGAGUGCUUAGAGUGUGGAAAGAGAUUCAGACUCAGUGGACAUCUUCAACAACAUCAAAGAGCCCACACAGGGGAGAAACCUUUUAAGUGCUCAGAGUGUGGAAAGAGAUUCAGUGUGUGUUCCAGUCUUCAACAGCACCGAAGAACGCACACAGGGGAGAAACCAUUUGAAUGCUCAGAGUGUGGAAAGAGAUUCAGUGUGAAUUCCAGUCUUCAACAGCAUCUAAGAACCCACACAGGGGAGAAGCCGUAUGAGUGCUUAGAGUGUGGAAAGAGAUUCAGACUCAGUGGACAUCUUCAACAACAUCAAAGAGCCCACACAGGGGAGAAACCUUUUAAGUGCUCAGAGUGUGGAAAGAGAUUCAGUGUGAGUUCCAGUCUUCAACAGCACCGAAGAACCCACACAGGGGAGAGGCCUUUUGAAUGCUCAGACUGUGGAAAGAGAUUCAGUCAGAGGAGCACUCUUAAAAAACAUGAGAGAACCCACACAGGGAAGAAACCCUUUGGAUGUUCAGGAGUGUGAAAGAGAUUCAGUCAGAGUGGCACUCUUCAACAGCAUCGAAGAACCCACACAGGGGAGAAACCUUUUGAAUGCUCAGAGUGUGGAAAGAGUUUCAGUUGGAGUAGCACUCUUCAACAGCAUCAAAGAACCCACACAGGUGAGAAACCAUUUGAAUGCUCAGAGUGUGGAAAAAGAUUCAGUCGGAGUGGUCAUCUUCAAAAGCAUCAAAGAACCCACACAGGUGAGAAACCAUUUGAAUGCUCAAAGUGUGGAAAGAGAUUCAGUAUGAGUUCCAAUCUUCGAAAGCACCAAACAACCCAUACAGGGGAGAAGCCUUUUUCAUGCUCAGUCGCAGUAGCCAUCUUCAACGACAUCAGUCGCAACAGUGAAGAGAUGGUGUGGAACCGUCAGCUUUGCGGAGGAGAGGAAACGGCCACUGCCCCUGCAGUCCAGGGUCCCUUUUCCUUGGAGGAGGUGGCUGUCUCAUUUCCUGAGGCAGGAAGGUCUCUGCUGGAUCCGGGCCAAAGAGCUCUGUACAGUGAAGUAAUGCUAGAGGACUAUGGGAACGUGGCCGCUCUGGAAAGCGGGGAUGUUCAAGAGGCUGCAGUGGAGACAGACGAAGGGCUGGAGAGUCUCUCAAGAGGAUCACCACACAAUAUUCCCUUCCCGAGGGAGCUGGCUGCCAGAGAUGGCGAGGAGUCAGUUGGGAAAUUUCAGGGAUUCUCUGAGGAAAAAGCAAAGAAUGAAAAGGCUGAAGGAAACUUCGAGAAUAGAGAUGGACCAGAGAAGCAAGAAGGAAACUGUGGAGUGAAGAGGAUGCUGAGGUCCAUUCCUUACCAAGUAGGGGGCUUCCAUGAAAUCCCAGACCAUAGCCAUAACCAAUGGACUCCCUCAGGAGUAAACUUAUUCAUCUGCUCCAAGACUGGAAUGACGUUCUCCAAUUGGAGAAAGGGUAAUGUAUGUUUUCCAAAGAACAGUAUAAUGAAGGCAUGGAAAUGCGGUUAUUGCAGAAAGUACUUCAGAUACAGACCACAGCUUCUUGUACACCAAAAGUUACACGCAGCACAGAAGCGUUUUGAAUGCUCAGAGUGUGGAAAGAGAUUCAUUCACACUGGCCAUCUGCAACGACAUCAGACAGUCCACACAGGGGCGAAACCAUAUGAAUGCUCAGAGUGUGGAAAGAGAUUCACUCAGAGUGGCCAUCUACAACAGCAUCAAAGAACCCAUACAGGGGAGAAACCAUUUGAGUGCUCAGAGUGUGGAAAGAGAUUCAGUGUGAGUUCCAGUCUUCGAAAGCACCAAACAACCCACACAGGGGAGAAGCCUUUUGAAUGUUCAAAGUGUGGACAGAGAUUCAGUCGGAGUGGCCAUCUUCAAAAGCAUCAAAGAAUUCACACAGGGGAGAAGCCUUUUGAAUGUUCAGAGUGUGGAAAGAGAUUCAGUCAUAGUGCCAAUCUUCGGUAUCAUCAAAAAACCCACACAGGGGAGAAACCAUAUGAAUGCUCAGAGUGUGGAAAGAGAUUCAGUCGGAGCAGCAAUCUUCAACAGCAUCAAAGAACCCAUACAGGGGAGAAACCAUUUGAAUGCUCAGAGUGUGGAAAGAGAUUCAGUGUGAGUUGCAGUCUUCUAAAGCACCAAAUAACCCACACAGGGGAGAAACCAUUUGAAUGCUCAGAGUGUGGAAAGAGAUUCAGUGAGAAUUCCAGUCUUCUAAAGCACCAAAUAACCCACACAGGGGAGAAGCCUUUUGAAUGUUCAGAGUGUGGACAGAAAUUCAGUCGGAGUGGUCGUCUUCAAGAGCAUCAAAGAACCCACACAGGAGAGAAGCCUUUUGAAUGCUCAGAAUGUGGGAAAAAGAUUCAGUCGUAGUGCCAGUCUUCAGUAUCAUCAAAAAACCCACACAGGGGAGAAACCUUUUGAAUGUUCAGAGUGUGGACAGAGAUUCAGUCGGAAUAGCAAUCUUCAACAGCAUCAAAGAUCCCACACAGGGGAGAAACCUUUUGAAUGUUCAGAGUGUGGAAAGAGAUUCAGUCGGAAUGCCCAUCUUCAAGACCAUCAGAGAACCCACACAGGGGAGAAACCUUUUGGAUGUUCAGAGUGUGGAAAGACAUUUGGUCAGAGUUCCCAUCUUCAAGACCAUCAGAGAACCCACACAGGGGAGAAACCUUUUGAAUGCACAGUGUGUGGAAAGCGAUUCAGUUGGAGGGGUGAUCUUCGGAAGCACCAGAGAAUCCACACAGGGGAGAAACCAUUUGAAUGCUCAUAUUGUGGAAAGAGAUUCAGUCAGAGUGGCCAUCUUCAAGACCAUCAAAGAACUCAUCCAGGGAGAGAAAUCCUUUGAGUCCUUAGAGCGUGGAAAGAGAUUAAGCUGGAGUUGGACUUUUUGACAACAUCUACCAGCUGACGUAAGGGGAAACCAUGUAAUCCCUUAGGCCACUAAAAGAGUACACUUAUUUCACAAAUAAAAGACAACUGGAGACCACAUAAAGCAGCGAAACAAUAUAAACCCUUGUAAAAAUCUUUAAUCUAAUCCGAAAUCUUUAGGCGUGUCUGAAGCCCUCAGAUAGAUCCCAGAAGGGAGAAAGCAAAGAUGGGAUCUGCCAGUUUAAGUAGAUCCAAGAUCAGCUCCUGUCUCCUUUAGCACAGAGGAUUCCACAGAAGGGAGUGUUAGUUAUUUAAAGGGCUGAAAUUUGUUUUAACUUCAUUGUGAGGCCUCACUCUACACCUUUUCUACCUAAAAAGAUAGGAAGAUGUCUCUCUGUCUCUGUGCUGACACAAGGAAAGAACUGCUAUUUCAUGAUGACCUUCCACGUUGCCAGAAUUAACAGCUGGAUGCAGGUGGGACGGAUGUUGUCCCAUUCAGUUCUGAUCACAGGACAUAGGAACUUUCUCUAGAAUCCAGGAACUUUUGGCGAAGCUUUGAAACAUAAAGUUUGUGAUUAGUACUUAAUGAUCACAGCCAGAUAUGUGAAAAACAAGAAUUGUUGCCUGAAUCUUUUGGUGAGAUUCAUUGAGAAGAGAUGACUGAAUUUUGUGAAUAUAUAGAAAUAGUUUAAAGGUUUUUAUAUGUCCCUGGCAGAUGAUGCUUCCAGAAGAGGAUUGUGGAGGAGAGAUAAGGGUUACCCAAAGAGCCUGAUAGGGUAUACAGUAUUGAUCUGUUCCGAGUUAUAUCAAAGAUUAUAUACCUUUGAAAGGGAGUUUUUGUUAACUUGGAAAUUUCUCCAAUUGGACAUAUAUUCUCUUGGCAAUUAUCUUUUCCAACAAAUGAUCCUAGGAUUGUUUUUGUAAAUAUUCCACUCAUUCUCAUGUAAACAAAAGAUAAACAAGCUACUUGGGUUUCUUGGAUGGUCUCGGAGGAAGAGUGAGGUGGAAUAAAGAUUGUAGAAAUUA